GUUGUAGUUCUUAGUUUCCUUACCAACAACUUCACAUUUUCAAAAUGCUUUCCCCCUCAACUAAAUCCAAAAUUGGCACAGCCAAAACAAUCAUGUCCACCGUAGGUUCCAUCGCAGCCGCGGUAAUGGUAGUCCGCAGCGUCUCCCACGAUUACUUGCCACCUGAGUUUCAAGAGUUCAUGUAUCUCAGCUUCCGUAACUUUAUCAACAAGUUCUCCACACAGCUAACAAUGGUCAUUUACGAGUUCGAAGGAAUUAGGGACAACGAAAUCUACACCGCCACACAACUUUACCUAGCAGACCGAAUAUCCCCCGAUAUCCACCGUUUAAAAGUCACAAAAAACGCUAACGAGCAACACAUUAAUGUUGCAAUGGAGAUCAAUGAGGAGUAUAUAGAUACUUAUAAUGGAGUCAAAUUCAGUUGGUCUUUGGUUUCCAAAAAGAACCCAACUAGAGAAUGUCAAACUUAUGAUGAGGAAGACAACGUAUCUACCCGAACAGAUCUUCGAUCGCUGGAACUCACGUUUCAUUCGAAACACAAAGAUCUGGCGUUAAACGACUACUUACCGUAUAUUAUCAACUACGCGAAGGUGAAGAAACAAAACUUGAAAACACUAAAGCUAUUCACGGUAGACAGAAGAAUGUUAAGCUAUUCGAGAUAUAAGGUGUGGACAUCGGUGAAUCUGGAUCAUCCUGCUAGCUUUGAGACGGUUGCGAUGGACACCGGAGUCAAGGAGAUGGUGAUGAAGGAUUUGGAUAGGUUUUUAGAGAGGAGAGAGUAUUAUCGAAAAGUCGGAAAGGCGUGGAAGAGAGGGUACUUGUUGUACGGUCCUCCAGGGACCGGGAAAUCGAGCUUGAUUGCUGCUAUGGCGAAUUAUUUGAAUUUUGAUGUAUAUGAUUUGGAGUUGACUGAUGUUAAGUCGAACUCGGAUCUCAGGAGGUUGUUAGUGGAGACGGCGAACCGGUCGAUAUUGGUGGUGGAGGAUAUUGAUUGCUCGGUGGAGUUGCAUGAUCGGGUGCUAGCAGAAGGCGCGAAAGGUGUGGCUACUAAUAAUCAACAACGGGGUAAAGGUGAAGAUCGAGUUAAGGUAACAUUGUCAGGGUUUCUUAAUUUUGUUGACGGAUUAUGGUCAAGUUGUGGUGACGAGAGAAUCAUCAUAUUCACGACAAACAGGAAGGACAAACUUGAUCCGGCACUCAUUCGUCCAGGUCGUAUGGAUGUUCAGAUCCACAUGUCCUACUGCACCCCGAGCGGGUUUCGAUUGUUAGCCUCCAACUAUCUUAGUAUCACCGAACAUUGUCAUUUUGAAGAAAUUGAGAAACUGAUGUCCGAGGUGGAGGUUACCCCUGCUGAAGUAGCUGAACAACUUCUGAAAGAUAAUGACCCUGACAUUGCUCUUGGUGGUCUCCUUGAUUUUCUUUAUGUAAAAAUGAAGGAGAUUGAAGAGGCCAAAGCAAGGUUAAAAGAAGAAGAAUUGAUUGCAAAAGAAAAUGACAAGAAGCAACAAGGGGUUAAACUGGAUAUUUAAGAAGUUUGGGUAUUUACUAUUUGACUAUUCUAAGGAAUAACAAUGUUACUUGCAUGCAUCCAUAUGUUAUCAAGAAUCAUCAUGAAAUAAAGUAGAAAUAAUUACAUAUUUUUUUA